AAUAAUGGGAAAUAUUAGUAAUGUUAUAAAUGGGCUUAAGCCUGCAAUUGGGAUGAUAAUUGUUCAAGUUGCUUAUGCUGGUCUUAGUGUUUUAUACAAAUUGGUUGUAGAAGAUGGUAUGAACAUGAGUGUCCUCAUUGCCUAUAGAACCCUAUUUGCAACAUCUUUUGUUGUUCCUCUUGCAUUCUUCAUGGAAAGGAAGAGCAAGCCAAAAAUUACACCAGAUGUUCUCUUCCAAUCAUUCCUUUGUGGAUUAUUUGGGGUAACUUUACAACAAAAUCUGUAUGUGAGGGCAGUGGCAUUUGCAUCAGCAACAUAUGCUUCAACCAUGACCAACCUUAUUCCUGGUGUGACCUUCAUCCUAGCCCUCUGUUUUGGAUUAGAAAGGUUGAAGAUUAGAACAUUAACAGGGAAGGCUAAGGUUAUUGGCACUCUAAUGGGGAUUGGUGGAGUCAUGAUCAUCACAUUCUAUAAGACCAAAGAGAUUCACAUUUGGCCUACACAUCAUGUCAAUAUGAUCAAGCACAACCAAUCACACAUUUCUCCUACUAAUCAAGUUUUGGGCUCUGCUUUUGGUUUUGGAAAUUGUUUAUGCUAUUCUAUGUGGUUGAUCCUUCAGGCUAAGAUGAGUGAAAAAUUCCCCUGGCAAUAUUCAAGUGCAGCAUUGGUGUCAGCAAUGGCAUGUAUUCAAGUAAUCAUAUUUGCACUUUGCAUGGAAAGAAAUUGGAAUCAAUGGAAGCUUGGUUGGAAUAUCAAACUCCUCAGUGUAGCUUAUACGGGAAUAGUGGCAUCUGGAAUAGCUUUGGUUCUGAUUUCAUGGUGUGUGAGAUUAAGAGGUCCACUUUAUGCUUCUACUUUCAACCCUCUUUCUCUUGUCAUAGUUACCAUUGCAGCCUCUUUAAUUUUGGAUGAAAGACUCUAUGUGGGAAGCAUAAUAGGCUCAAUAUUAGUAGUGUUGGGGCUAUACACUGUCUUGUGGGGUAAAGGCAAAGAAUAUGAGAACAUGGCAAAGGAGAAGCUUACAAAAGUAGUCUCAACCAAUGGCCAAACAUUGAAGAUUAUUAUCACAACAAAUAAUCAUAGUGAUAAUAAUAUUAAUAAUAAUGGAAUUGACAUGAAGUUAUCAAGAGAAGGACAACAACAAAAUGGAGUUAAAGAUUGUUCAAGUAACAAAGGAAAUGAAGGAAAGGUAACCCCAUUGAACAAUGAGGACUCAAAACCUAGUACCUAG